UAUGAACGUGCCAAGCUUCAUAACAAGUGGCCAGGUCUCUUAAAUGCAUAUGCAGUAAUGAGCACCACUUUCAUUUAAGACCCUUGGAAGCAUUUUGUCAGAACAUUUGUUUUCUCUUUGAUAUUUUAUCUGCAACACUACCAUUAAAGAAAGUAGUUUUGGAAGUAUCAAGCCUAACAAUUUUCAGAACUACUACAAUUUGCCCAUUCCUCAGAAGAGAUUAUCAUCAUAUCCACUCCAUCUAAUUAUAGAUAAGAAUGUUUGGGUUUAAGUUGAAUAUCUAAGACAAGUCCCCAAAAAUAGUUCAGAUCUUUUUUAUUUAUCCCAAGUCUCUGUGAUCUCAAUCAGAUUGUCUGUUGUAACCUGUUUAAAACCAGCUGUCUGCUGAGGGGAGUUAUUGUUGAUGCCCAUCGUCAGCAAUUGUGAUAUAAAUAUAAAUCUUUUGUGAGUGGCAGAGAUUCAUUAAAAGACUACCUCUUGUUGGGAAGCGGGAUACAGAGGAUAUUGAAUGUAGCAAUUGCGGAGAGUCGAACACCAGACGUGGGAGUUUUCUGCUGUGACAGAUGCGUAUGUAAUGUAUUAGUUACGUGGGUUGCCCGUAUAUAAGGGUGUAAAUAGAUGCUUGCUUCUACGGUGUCGAUUUGAAAGGUCACAAGCAUUUAUUUCAUCCUUGUUUACUUCAAGGAGCUUUACUCUGCCAUAUUUCCGAGAAGUGAAGCCACGGUUUGGAGGGAUCAGUAUGGAGGUUCUUCAUUUUGUGUUUGGUAUCUUUGGGAAUGUGACUGCUCUGUUUCUGUUUCUGUCACCCAUAAUCACAUUCAGGAGAAUAAUCAAGGCCAAAUCAACACAGGAGUUCUCUGGUGUGCCCUAUGUUUCUACAUUGAUGAACUGUCUUCUUUCUGCAUGGUAUGGGCUUCCUUUUGUAUCGCCUCACAACCUUCUGGUGAGCACCAUCAAUGGCACAGGGGCAGUCAUCGAGAUAGUUUAUGUCCUACUGUUUCUUAUUUAUGCUGAAAAGAAGACCAAGAUCAAAAUCUUUGCUUUCUUCAUGGUGGUGAUUGUGGUCUUCUCAGGAAUAGCACUGGUUUCUAUAUUAGCACUUGAAGGGCAUAGUAGAAUGUUUUUUUGUGGGAUUGCUGCCACCAUAUUUUCUAUUUGCAUGUAUGCAUCCCCCUUAUCCAUAAUGAGACUGGUAAUCAAGACAAAGAGUGUGGAAUACAUGCCAUUCUUUCUUUCUCUCUUUGUUUUUCUCUGUGGGACAUCAUGGUUCAUCUAUGGCCUCCUAGGCCAUGACCCAUUUGUUGCUAUUCCAAAUGGGUUUGGAUGUGGUCUUGGAGCACUGCAAUUGAUCCUAUAUGUUGUGUACAAAGAUUGGGGAGGUAAAAAGUCUUGUGAUCAAGUUGAGGCCAUGGAAAUGGGAUAUGCCAAUGGCAACGCCAAAGUAGGGAAGGCCAAUGUUAACAAAAAUUCUGCCCAUGUUGAAGGCAAUACACAUUCACAUUCAUAAUCAAACAAUCUCCAUUGAAUGUAAUAACAAACUCUCGUGUGGUUCUGUUAAUAAAAAAAUCAAAGAGCACCACAACUUAAAGAGAGCAUAAAGCAAGUAACAUAGAGAUGGAUUCAAUAAUGGCCAUGAUUUUGUUUACUCUGUCUGGCUAUCUAGAAACAACUUAAUAUGUUGUGAACUUGGCAGACAAUUGUAUUGGGUCAGAAGUUUCUUGUACGUUUGGCUUCUUGGAAAUAGUCCAAGAUUAUGUCACUUUGUAAAAAUCCUUUUGGAUAACCAGAUUUUUGCUUCCUGAAAUCUUUAUCCUGUUAUCAUUUACGGGUUUUGAA